UGAUAUGUCAUGACACGUGUGUCUUCUAUCAUCAGGCUUCACUUUGGGUCAAUAAUUGACCUGAAACAAUGAACGACAAGGAAUUUUUAAAUUUCAAAAAACAGGUUUUAAAAGGGAAAGAUUUCAGUAAAAAGGGUCAAAUCGACAGUGCAAUUGUUGACCUUGUUGAGUUGAUCAAUUGUCAAAAAUCUUAUGUCACUUUGAGUUCAUGUUCAGGAAGGACUAUAGUCGUCUCGCAGAGCGAAUUAAAGAAAGGCUGCCGGUGGAUUUACACCACACACGGUGAAGUCGACGAUGAUGAAUUUCUCAACAAAUGUUCUGAAAAUUCAAUAAAUGACCUUGUCGUCAAGUUUGAACCUUUUAUCUUGCAUGUCGGGUGUCAAAGUCUUGAAAACGCCAAAUCCCUUCUUUCUUGCGCUUUGAACUGCGGAUACAGAAAUUCUGGCAUCGUGCUCGGAGCCAACGGAAAGAUCACACUCGGCGUCAGAAGCACGUUGAACGUGGAGGUGCCGAUAUCGAACUCAGGGGGAUUGCUCGUCAGCCUCGAAUAUCUUAAAUUUCUCGGAAGCGAGUGCAACAAGAAGAUGGAUAAAAAUUUAAAACAGUUUAAAAACUUUGAAGCAGCACUGAUAGAGUUUUUCAACACUUGAGCCACUCUUUUCAUUCAGGGAACUAAGUUGAUAAUAAGCAUCAACUUAUACUCCUCUUGGUUGGGGGACAUUAUUUUUUAAUUACCAUUUACAAUAUAGACUAAACAUUGCUAUUAAGUAAUACAUUCAAAAACAAAAAAACAAGACAUUUGUAUAUAUUUAUUUUACCUAAUAACUAGGUGUAAAUAUCGCUUGAGAUAUCCAUCCUUACAUGUUUAACAGUCAUAAUUGACCAUAUUAAUUAUUUCAAUUAAUUAUUCUUUCUAACUAAGGUCUUUGUGAAGAUUCCUGAAAGGAAUCUUAAACAGAUUUUAUUAGGAGUUAAAUUCAUUGCAAAUAUUACGAUGGGAAGGAAGGAUAUUCCAGCUAAUUGUUGGGAAAGCAUAUUGUGUAAAGUUGGGUCAUCGGAAAUGUCCUCGAAUCAUGGGAGUCGAUCUAGUCUUUCACGAAAACCACAGUCACAGCUAAACAAAGUCGGCGAAAUAAUAACACCUGAGUGUUUACGAUUAGAAAGAUGGGUUGAUCCUGGGCAAUCGGCACGGAAAUAUUUACUGUUGUCCUGAUACGUGGCCUUAUUGCUCAAUCCCCCUAGGAUCAGCUAAUGUCCGGAUUCACCCGGAAAAGCUCAACAACCUGGGUAAGAAAAAGGGCAAUCGGGUCAUCAGGAAUCAAAACAGUAUUUCCUAAGCUUGACCCUUAGGAGGGUCCCCCACCUCCUCCCCAACUGAUUGGCUUAAAUACGAUCCCAAAAGAACUAGGAGUCAGUCAGGAAAGCCGGCGCAGAGAAAAGGCAGUUGGAAUCGGCCAGAAGUCAGUAGGACAAACCGGCAUUCCAGUUCUGUAAGCACAAGGUUUGUCAAUCAGUUGGUGGGAGAAUUGGAAAACGGGGCGAUUUCGAGGCGAGUAAUUUGAGUAAUAAGUUCCUCAAGGAAUAAGCCGACUCACGAUGGGACCAGAGAUUCUUUGGAAAUUUAUUUAUAUAUUAAAGCAUUUAUUUAAUUUAUAAGUAGGGAUAGAAAUUAUUCAAGAAUUAGGGUGUGUAAAUUAUGAGAAAGAAUUGGGACCUAAUAAACCACUAAAUUGGUUAAUUAUUUAGAAUUACGUUGUGAAUUGUUCAAUAGGAAUAAAAUAGAGAAGUAA